AUCAUCUCAACUCUAAUAAUAUUCUCUGUUUUAGUCUUUAAUCACUUCAUAUCUCAUCAAAAAUAUGAAAAUGGAGAACCCCAUUUUUUCUCUUCUUCUUAUUUCACUUCUCUCCAUUUUCUUCACUAAAACCAUAGCUGAUAUUGUGACAUUGAAUGUUCUAAAUUUUGGUGCAAAACCAGAUGGAAAAACUGACUCAACAAAUGCUUUUUUAACUGCUUGGGCAGCAGCUUGUGACUCUUCAAAACCAGCCACCAUAUUUGUCCCACAAGGAAAGUAUUUGGUUAAACAAGCACAUUUUAAAGGAAAAUGCAAGAAUAGAGCCAUAACAUUCCAAAUUGAUGGCACAUUUAUUGCACCCUCCGAUUAUAAUGUGAUUGGAAAUUCCAAAAAUUGGCUUUUAUUUCAAGGUGUUGAUGGAGUUUCCAUUCAUGGUGGAAUUCUUGAUGGCCAAGGGAAUGAUUUGUGGGCUUGCAAGGCCUCAGGCAAGAACUGCCCGAGCGGCGCUACGACUCUGGGAUUUUCCAACUCAAACAAUAUAGCAAUAACAGGACUAACUUCAUUGAACAGUCAAAUGUUUCACAUUGUCUUCAAUGGGUGCAAAAAUGUGAAGUUGCAGGCUGUCAAAGGUCUUGCCUCUGGCAAAAGCCCGAAUACUGAUGGUAUUCACAUUCAGUUAUCAUCUGACAUCUCGAUUUUAAACUCGAAAAUCAGUACCGGAGAUGAUUGCAUCUCCAUUGGUCCCGGAACUACUAACUUGUGGAUCCAAAACAUGGCUUGUGGCCCUGGCCAUGGAAUCAGCAUUGGGAGUUUAGGCAAGGAUUUUCAAGAAGCAGGGGUGCAAAAUGUGACAGUAAAAUCAGUUACAUUUAAGAACACACAAAAUGGUGUGAGGAUCAAAACAUGGGGCAGACCAAGUACUGGCUUUGUAAAAAAUGUUAUUUUCCAACAUGCUACAAUGAUUAACGUUCAAAAUCCAAUUGUUAUUGAUCAGAAUUACUGUCCAUAUAACAAAAAUUGUCCUGGCCAGGUGUCAGGUGUGACAAUUAGUGAUGUUACAUAUCAAGAUAUACAUGGAAGUUCAGCAACACGAGUCGCGAUGAAAUUUGAUUGCAGUAAAAGAAAUCCAUGCCGAGGAAUAAAAUUGGAAGAUGUAGAUCUCACUUAUCAGAAUCAACCAGCUGCUCAAGCUUCUUGUGCUAAUGCUGCCGGAACAACUUCUGGUGUAAUUCAACCAACAAGUUGUUUAUAA